AUCCUCCAGUGCACAGCGCAGCGAGCGAGAGGGAGCGGCGGCCGCAAGCAAGAUGGUGGCUCCGGCGCCGGCGCCUGCUUCUUCUCUGGAGGUGGACGGGACACAGCUGGUGCUGGGGUACUUUGGCGUCGCCACCGCGUUGCUGCUGAUCGGAUCCCCCAUCCCAACAUUUUGGACAAUCCUCAACUCUAAGAAUGUUGGGGCAGAGGAGCCGUACUCGUACAUGGCUGUGUUGUUCAAUGCAGCCGCAUACGUGACCUACGGCAUUCCGGUUUUCGCCGACAAGACGAACAAGCCCGUCAUGCUCGCGAACACAAUCGGCAUCGUCUUCGAGCUCGCGUACGUGAUCAUCUUCAUCGUUCACGUCGCCGCCAACCGCCGCCGAAACCCUCUCAUCGCCCUCGUCGUCGCGUUCCUUGGGCUGCUGCUUGGCACCGUCGUCUUCGGGCACGUAUGGUCACGCACCUACAUGGGCUGGGUUGCCAUGUUCUCCGGCAUCGCCAUGUACUAA